UUAAUUAUAUAUAUUUAACUAAUAGUUAAAAUUUAUCAAUUUUAAGUGCCAAAGAUCAAAGUUGAACUAAUAUAGUAAUACUUCAUUUUGUUAUUGUAGUCAAUAGGUAUUCAAACAAUGGUAUAGAGAGGAUUUGUCUUCCCAUUUUCCCUAUAAAUCCCCCCCUUCCAUGCAUGCACCCUUUACACCAGCACAUUGAACAAAGUUUCAUAAAAAUAUAUCAUCAUAUCAAUUCCAUCUCUACAUCCUCAUCACCAUUAUAUAAUAAAAAUGGCUUCUAAAAUCCUCUCCAACUGCUUGCCCCUCUUCAUACUCAUAUUGGGAGUCCUUCGAUCCUCUCGGGUUUCUUCUCGACCUCUCGCUCCCUACCAUAACGACUCGUCCAUGCGAGCUCGGUACGAGCAAUGGAAAGCUCUCCAUGGAAAGGUAUAUUACACACUCCAUGCAAACGAUGAAGAACACGCCGACCAGCAACGCUUUGAGAUAUUCAAAGACAACGUGAACCGAAUCGAGGCAUUCAAUGCCAAACCUGACAAGAGAUACAAGCUCGGAGUCAACGGGUUUGCAGACAUAACCAACGACGAGUUUCGCGCGAUGCGCGCAAGCGGUUAUCGCAAGAGGGUGGAAGAGCAGACAGUGUUGUUGUCUUCUGAUGGCUCGUCGACCUUUGACGAGUCGAAGAGAUUUAGGUACGAAAAUGUGACGAUGGUUGACGUGAUUGUAGACUGGAGGGACAAAGGCGUCGUAACACCCGUCAAGGACCAAGGCCAGUGUGGUUGUUGCUGGGCAUUUUCAGCGGUGGCCGCCGUGGAGAGUCUGAACAAGCUAAAAACCGGCGAGCUGUUAUCCCUAUCGGAGCAGCAGCUUCUCGACUGCGACAACGGAGAGAUAGGCUGCAAGGGCGGCCACAUGGGGACCGCAUUCACCUUCAUCGCGCAACACCGCGGCCUCGCCGCCGAGACGAGUUACCCCUACACCGCCCAACGAGGCACGUGCGACGCCGCGCCCGCUCCCGCCGUCGCGAUCUCGGGGCACGAGAAAGUCCCGGAAAAUGACGAAAAUGCCCUUCUGCAGGCGGUGGCCAACCAACCGGUGUCCCUGGCCAUCAACGGGGCCACAUUCAGUUUCCAGUUCUACGAGGAAGGAGUCCUCGACGACGAGGAAUGUGGGCCCGCCCUGAACCACGCCGUGGCGGCGGUCGGGUACGGGACGACUAGUGAGGGGGAGGAUUAUUGGCUGGUGAAGAACUCGUGGGGAAUGGCAUUGGGAAUCCUCCAUCAAACCUCUCCGGUUUCCUCCCGAGCCAUUGACAACUCGUCCAUCCGAGUCAUCUUCGAGAGCUGGAAAAUUCUUCAUGGAAAGAGUUACACACUCGCAAGCGAGGAACACGAAAGGCGUUUUGAGAUAUUCAAAGACAACGUAAACCGGAUCGAGGCUUUCAAUGCCGGACCGGGUCGGAGUUACAAGCUCGGAGUUAACAAGUUUGCGGACUUAACUAACGAGGAGUUUAGUGCCAUUUAUGCAAGUGGUUACAAGAGCCCAAAAGGGUUUCCGGCCUCAACCUCGGAGGAACGGUUCAAGUACGAAAGUGAGGCGGAUAGUCCUCCAACAAGCUUAGAUUGGAGAGACUAUGGUGCCGUAACAGAGGUCAAGUACCAAGGAGAGUGCGGUUGUUGUUGGGCAUUUUCGGCGGUGGCAGCCGUGGAGGGGCUCAACAAACUAAAAACCGGCGAGCUGGUAACGCUCUCGGAGCAAGAGCUUCUCGACUGCGGUGUCCCGCCGGAAGCCAAUCCCUGCAACGGCAACACCUUGCCGGACGCAUUCAAGGCCAUAACCCAUUUUGGCCUCACCCGAGAGACGGAGUACUAUGAGUACACCGCCUCCAAGGGGACCUGCAACAUAUACACCCCCCCUGCGGUCACCAUCGCGGGGUACGGCUUCGUCAGCCCUAGUGGGAACGAAGCCGUGCUUUUAGACGCGGUGGCGAACCGGCCCGUGUCUGUGGCCGUCAACGCGGCCACAUACGGCUUCCAGCACUACCAGAAUGGGAUCUUUGACGAGGAGUGUGACCCGGGGAAGCUGAACCACGCCAUGACGGUGGUCGGGUACGGGACCACCGCGGACGGGAAGGGUUAUUGGGUGCUUAAGAACUCGUGGGGCCGUGGCUGGGGCGAGGAUGGGUACAUGAGGAUUCUAAGGGGUUAUAGUGAUCCACGAGGGCUCUGUGGACUUGCUUCCGAGGCUUGGUAUCCAAUCUAGCUAGUCAUUUGUGUAAUUCUUUAAUGGUGCUUUAUUUGUAAAUUAGAAAAUAUGAAACUAAAUGUUCUCAUUAUAUAUGCUCGGUGUAACAUUUUUGUUAUGAUACAUUGUUGACAUUAUUUCCUUCCUUGCACUUUACGUUUAUGGUAUCAAUUACUACGUAGAACUAUGGCAUGAAUAUAUUUUUACGUUUUAUGUUAUUUUCCUCUUUAUAUUAUACUCCCUCCUCCGUUCUCAAAAAAAAUUUCUAUUUUGACCAAGUGUAAAAAUAAAGAAGUGUUAAAUUG